AGAUUAUUUUCUUCUGAGAAACUCACUCAGAGGGACCAUUCUCUCCCCAACCCCAGCUGGAGCAAGGACUUAAGACUCCUCUUUGACCAGUUCAUGAAGAAAUGUGAAGACAGCUCCUGGAAACGUUUGCCUUCAUAUAAAUGUGAAUCUUCUCAAAGGGUUCAAGAUUUCAAAACCCAUUUUCUUGACCCAAAGUUUAUGAACGAACAAACGGUACAUGGCCAGCUCUUCACCAGAAGCUUUGAGGAUGGCCUUGGCUUCGAAUAUGCAAUGUUCUGUAAUGAUGCUGAGAAAAGGAUAGUUUGCUUGUUUCAAGGAGGUCCUUACCUACAAGGAGUACCUGGAUUUCUUCACGGAGGUGCCAUUGCAACCAUAAUUGAUGCUACUACUGGUAUGACUGCAUUGUUAGCUGGGGGAAUUGUCAUGACUGCCAAUCUCAACAUCAAUUUUAAAAGACCCAUCCCCCUUUGUUCUACUGUUGUGCUAAAUAGCCAACUUGAUAAAGUUGAAGGAAGGAAAUUUUUUGUUUCCUGUAAUAUUCAUAGUGUUGAUGGGAAGACACUAUACUCAGAGACAACAGGCUUAUUUAUAAAGCUGGAUCCUGAUAAACGUUUGAAAUAAAAGAGCUUCUGGUGAAUUCCACACCAUUCUGCAUAAGGUUCUCCUUCGUACAGAAGAAGCAAUUGUCCCCACACAUGCUCUGCUCACCCACUGCUGAAUACCCCAUAGGGGAGAAGCCUGCUAACACUGCCCUUCCUGAAUAGUCUUCUACAUAUCAGUCCAGGAGUUCAGUUUCCUCUUUCUAACCUUUUUAACACAGAAUUGCUGCCUAUGAGGGAGAGUAUCAGUAGGUCUUUGUGUCUCCUUAGGAUAAGUGUCUGGUUCUCCUGGGAUGUUUUAUUGUUGUUUAUUAAAACAUAAUUGAUUAUACAUAUUUUGGGGGUACAGUGUUGACUAUCAUUACUUGUAUAUGAUAAGGCAAUGAUUAAAUCAUUAUUAGCAUAUUCA